UAGUCUAGUUUUUGUGUAAAUCCACUUCAAAGCAACUUAAGUCUCUGAUACGUUAGAUUAUGUCGUUUGUGGCGACGGAUGGCUGUUUUACACGACAGAAUAAAGCACAGUAGUGAAGCCCCGUUGAAUGGUGUUCUUGUAUCGGGGAGCAGUUAGCAGGCCGUGCAUGUGUUCAGAUGAGACAAAGGCCAUGUUCAGUACCAGCGCCAAAAUAGUGAAGCCUAAUGGCGAAAAGCCAGACGAGUUUGAGUCUGGGAUCUCCCAGGCUCUGCUCGAGCUGGAGAUGAACUCUGACUUGAAGGCUCAGCUGAGAGAGCUGAACAUCACUGCAGCAAAGGUAAGAGAACAUCAUCGAGGUUGCUCUCCUGGCUCUGUCCUGGUGGCGUAUGGGAGCGUAGCUCUCGAGCUGAGACGUACAGUCCCGUUCCACAACGUCAGAAAGCAAGCUCUGUCCCCGGCUGCUGGUCGCAAUUUCACCAAGACAAGCAACGUAGUCGUGAUAAUUCAUACCUUCAGUCAUGAAUUUGAGAAAACAUUCAUUAUGUUUUGUCAAAUCAGUUUACUGUGUAUAAAAAUGUUACUGAGGGGAUGUUUGUGUUUUGUUGUCUUACAGGUUGAGACUUUCGCUGGUGUCUACAAGAAACUCACAGGCAAAGACGUCGUGUUCGAAUUCCCAGAAUUCCAGCUGUAAAUGCAGAUGGCAAAAUAAAUUUGUUUACUGUCA